AUGGACAAGUUUGGACCUCCUGGCGACAGUUCGAGUAGCGGAAACCCUGGGAAUGGCCGCUUCGCUUCUCAGGCAGCUACAGCCGAGGACCUGCUCAAGGCGCAAACCGUUGGCCUUGUGAACCUUGAUGACUAUCGCAAGAGACGCGCAGAAGCCAUCGAGCUGAAAGAGCGGGGAAGUCCUGCAGUCAGCUCUGGCGCUGAUACACCAGUAGAAGGGGCAUCGACACCCAAGCCGGUUUUCAAGAAGAAGCGCAAGAUAGCUACCAAGGGCAAGCUCUCCUUCGGAGUAGACGACAAUGAAGAGACCGACUCAGCCUUAUCGAAAGCGCAUACACCGCGCGAGAACGCACCCGCCGAUACGUCUGGUGUGGGCUCUGAGACUGAAGGGAUUGCCUUUAAGAAGAAGAAGAAGAAGAAGUUGGGGGCGAAUACAAGCGUUGGCAUGAAGCCGAGAGUCAUGACCAAAUCAGCUCUCCAGCGCGAAGCACAGCAGGCAGAUAUUGCGCGACAGGACUUCUUGGGAAUGCGAGCUGGCGUGAAAGCCACAGAGGUAGCAAUCCCCUUCGUGUUCUACGAUGGUACGAAUGUGCCCGGGGGGCUAUGCAGGGUGAAGAAGGGUGACAACAUAUGGUUGUUUCUUGACAAGGCUAGGAAAGUGGGCGCUGAACUAGGUGUGGGUGGCGAUAACAGUCGACGGAAUUGGGCCAGAAUCAGUGUGGAUGAUCUGAUGUUCGUCAGGGGAGAAGUCAUUCUUCCCCAUCACUACGAAUUCUAUCACUUCCUGUUCAACAGUGUCACCGGGUUCAAUGGCCCCAUAUUUGAUUGGUCCGCACAACCGACAAAGGCCACGCCCACUAUCAACCCCGAUGAGGAAAUGAACACCGACGAUUACGAUCCCUUGAAUCCAAAGAGGAGUAAGGUCAAGGAAUCAAGCUUCCCAGACGAUGAACUUGAGGGCUGCCACGAUGAUCCGGCUGUCACAAAGGUCGUAGACCGUCGAUGGUAUGAAAAGAAUAAGCACAUCUUUCCCGCCAGUGUUUGGGAGGAAUACAAUCCUGAUAAGACGCUCAGAAAGGCUGAACGCAAGGACGCCGAGGGCAACACGUUCUUCUUCUCUUGA